AUGGAUUCCAGUGAAUUUCCUGCCUCUUUGGGGCCCCUGUCUCUACGCAAUAAACCACUAAUUGGGGAUCUCCCUGCGGGCUCGGAGUUCGGAGAGGAUCUUCUGGCCUCCCAAACAGCCUCCAUCCCACAAGCAGCGACUGUCCAGUCCCAAGAGAUGGAGUGGGAGGUGUCUAAGCAAGCAACGUCCGAUGGUAGCUUGGACUUUGGCAUGGGGAAAGCCGGUGACCUGUCCACCCUAAGCAAGUCAAAUAGUUUGGCCCUCAGUAAGCCCAGCACUCUUGAUAUUCUGGAGACGCCUGGCCUCCUGGGUAGCUUGAGCAAAGGAGGGGACCGGGAGGUGCUAGAGAAGUCUGGGGAUCCUGAUGGCUUGUUCAGGGCAUGUGGAACUGGGGACCCAGAGAAUGGGACCGAAGCCCCCCCUGUGCCGGGAACUGAACGCCUGGGUCUCGAAGUUUUGAAAGAAGGGGGGUCCAAAGCAGGCAUGGAGGAGGAGAGUCACGGCAAGCACGCAGGCUGCGCUCCACACAGCUCCGCCGAGGAGGACCCUGAGGUGGUUGAGGUGAGCAGCGUGCCACCUUCCCAAGAAGCCACCGCCUCACCUGGCAGCCCCCCACCGAGCCCACAGCUGGCGAAGAAGCCCCGGUUGAAAUCCCCCAGGAAGAUCUCUCUGGAGCAAAAGGAGAACGCUUUGACACCCGCAGAGGAGGAGAAGGAUCCCACUCCGAACAGCGUUCCUGAGUCUGUGCCGCCCCCGCUGCCUCUUCUGGAAGGAGCAGAGGGAAGUUUGAGUGCAGCCAAGAAAGAAAGCGGCCCCAGAGAAGCCGAGAAAGGACGAGAAACGGGGGGGCCGCCCUCCCUUGCAGGGGAAGGUGCUGGUGGGAAGGGAGCCGAGACGCCUGCUGGAAGGGAACAGAAGAGGAGCGAGCGAGCCAGGAGGGCAGAGGUGUCUCGGCCAGAAACGGUCAACUCUUCGGAGAGCAUCCCCGUCUCCGAUGAGGACUCGGAUGCCAUGGUGGAUGACCCUAACGAUGAGGACUUCGUCCCCUUCCGCACCCGCCGCCCCACCCGCCUGUCUCUGCGCAGUCAGAUGGCCCAGCGGGCGGCCCGCUCCACUGUCACCAAAAUGACCUGCGCCAAUUGCCGCACGCCGCUGCAGAAAGGGCAGACGGCCUACCAGCGCAAGGGCCUCCCCCAGCUCUUCUGCUCCAGCACCUGCCUCACCACCUUCUCCAAGCGCCCCCUCAGCCGGAAGAGUUGCACUUUCUGCAAAAAGGAGAUUUGGAACACCAAGGACUCGGUGGUGGCCCAGAUCGGCUCGGGCAGCUCCUUCUACGAGUUCUGCACCUCGGUUUGCCUCUCGCUGUACGAAGCACAGCAGCAGCAGCGGCCGACCACGCAGGCGGCUGAAACCUCGGACUCCGUCCGGUGCAGCGUGUGCUACAAGACCGGAGAGAUCCAGCAUGAAGUGAGCAAUGGCAGCGUCGUGCACCGCAUCUGUAGCGACGCCUGCUUUACUAAGUUCCGGGCCACCAAAGGGCUGAAGACCAACUGCUGCGACAGCUGCGGCCUUUACCUGUACAACAAGGGGGUUCCCUUGGAGUACCUCUUCCACGAGGGGCAGCAGAAGCGCUUCUGCAACCCCACCUGCCUCAACAGCUACAAGAAGAAACACACCCGGGUCUACCCGUGCAUGUGGUGCAAGACGCUCUGCAAGAACUUCGACAUGCUGUCCCACAAAGACCGGAACGGCAAGCUGGGUCUCUUCUGCUCCGUCUGCUGCACCACUUCAUACAAGGUCAAGCAGGCCGGACUGACAGGACCCCUUCGGCCUUGCAGUUUUUGCCGGAAGAGCCUAUCUGAGCCCUGCUAUUACAACAAGAACAAGCAGGUGGUGUACCAGUUCUGCAGCCCCAGCUGCUGGACCAAAUUCCAGCGCUCCAGCCCGGAAGGUGGGAUCCACUUGACCUGCCAUUCCUGCCACAACCUCUUCACUGGGAAGCCCGAGAUCCUGGAUUGGCAGGACCAGGUCUACCAGUUCUGCUGCCGCGACUGCUGCGAAGACUUCAAGCGGCUGCGGGGGGUGGUGUCCCAGUGCGAGCACUGCAAGCAGGAGAAGCUGCUGCACGAGAAGAUCCGCUUCUCGGGAGUGGAGAAGAAUUUUUGCAGCGAAGGGUGUGUGCUUCUUUACAAACAGGAUUUCACCAAGAACCUGGGCCUUUGCUGCGUCACCUGCACCUAUUGCUCCCAGACCUGCCAGCGAGCUGUCACCGAGCAGCUGGAGGGCAGCACCUGGGACUUCUGCAGCGACGACUGCAAAAGCAAAUACCUGCUCUGGUACUACAAGGCAGCUCGGUGCCACGCUUGCAAGCGGCAGGGGAAGCUGCUGGAGACGAUUCACUGGCGAGGCCAAACCAAGCAUUUCUGCAACCAGCAGUGUCUGUUGAGGUUUUACAACCAACAGAACCAGCCCAACCUGGACACCCAGAAAGGGCCCGAGAGUCUGCUGAACAGUCAGGCCCCGGAGCCCAAGCAGCCCUCUGCCACUGCCCAAAAAGCAGAGCCCAAUGCGGUGAGUCUCUCAGGCUCACUGCUCGGGGCCGCCCCCCCCUCGCCAGCAUCAGCUCCCCCCGCGCCCCCUCAGCCGGUCACCCCCCGGAAGAACAAGGCAGCCAUGUGCAAGCCCCUCAUGCAGAACCGAGGGGUUUCCUGCAAGACGGAGAUGAAGUCCAAGGGCUGCCAGACAGACGACUGGAAGCCUCAGCUGAUUGUGCUGCCCAUCCCGGUGCCAGUCUUCGUGCCCGUGCCCAUGAACAUGUAUUGCCAGAAAGUCCCGGUGCCUUUCUCCAUGCCGGUCCCAGUUCCUGUGCCAAUGUUUCUGCCCACCACCUUGGAGAGUACAGAGAAGAUUGUGGAGACCAUCGAGGAGCUGAAGGUGAAGAUCCCUUCCAAUCCCCUGGAAGCCGACAUCCUGGCCAUGGCGGAGAUGAUUGCGGAGGCCGAGGAGUUAGACAAAGCCUCAUCAGACCUGUGCGACCUGGUGAGCAACCAGAGUGCCGAAGGGCUCCUGGAGGACUGUGACCUCUUUGGGCCGGCCAGGGAUGAUGUGCUGGCCAUGGCAGUCAAGAUGGCGAACGUCCUGGACGAGCCGGGACAGGACCUGGAGGCCGACUUCCCUAAAAACCCCCUGGACAUCCAUCCCAGCGUGGACUUUCUCUUCGACUGCGGCCUGGUCGCCCCCGAGGACGUUGCUGCAGAUCCCGACUUGCCUCGCUCGAUUCGCAAGGGCCAGAAGCGCCUGGUGCUGUCGGAGAGCUGCUCCAGGGACUCGGUGAGCAGCCAGCCCAGCGGCUCAGCCCUCAACUCCUCCUACGGGGUGAACGCCUGGAAGAGCUGGGUGCAGGCCAAGUACGUGGGUGCUGAGACCAGCAAGGGCGAUGAGUUGCGCUUUGGACCCAAGCCCAUUCGGAUCAAGGAGGACAUCCUGGCCUGCACGGCAGCCGAGCUGAACUACGGCCUGGCCCAGUUCGUCAAGGAGAUCACCCGGCCCAACGGGGAGCGCUACGAGCCGGACAGCAUCUACUACCUGUGUCUGGGAAUCCAGCAGUACCUGUUGGAGAACAACCGCAUGGUCAACAUCUUCACCGACCUCUAUUACCUGACUUUUGUGCAAGAGCUCAACAAGAUGCUGAGCGGCUGGCAGCCCACGGUCCUGCCCAACAACACGGUCUUCUCCCGCGUGGAAGAGGAGCACCUCUGGGAGUGCAAGCAGCUGGGUGUCUACUCCCCGUUUGUGCUGCUCAACACCCUGAUGUUCUUCAACACCAAGUUCUUCGGGCUGCAAACGGCCGAGGAGCACAUGCAGCUCUCCUUCACCAACGUGGUGCGGCAGUCGCGCAAGUGCACCAUGCCGCGGGGCGCGGCCAAAGUCAUCAGCAUCCGCUACUACACGCCCGUGCGGCACCGGAAGGGCCGAGAGAGCAGCCUCGGCAAGCGGAGGCGAGAGGAGGAGACGCCGGUCUUGGAGCAGCGGGAGAACCGCUUGAACCCCUUGCGCUGCCCGGUCAAGUUCUACGAGUUCUAUCUCUCCAAAUGCCCCGAGAGCCUCCGCAGCCGCAACGACGUCUUCUACCUGCAGCCGGAGCGCUCCUGCAUCGCGGAGUCCCCACUGUGGUACUCGGUCAUCCCCAUGGACAAGAGCAUGCUGGAGAGCAUGCUGAACCGCAUCCUGGCCGUCCGUGAGAUCUACGAGGAGCCCAGCCGCGGGGCUGGAGGCCUGGAUGAUGACAUGGACUGACCCAGACUGCCCU